AUGGACGACCGUGAGAGCAAAGAGGCCAUCCUGAGGCUUCUUCGGGAAGACUUGGACGCCCUGAAUGAUGUCUCAAAAGGAAAACAGAGAGCUGGAGAUCUGACAGACCUCGAUCUUGCUAUCCAAAGCAUGCAAGAUGACAUUCGGAAUCUUGAAAUUUCCAUCAGUGACCAUUCUCAGGCCCAUAGCACAAACUCUGCGGUCUUGACUGAUCAGAAUAUGCUUGUUGCACUAGCACGGGAAGAAAGAACAGCGAACGAGGACCACAGACUUGCUCUUGCACUCGACCGUGGACAACCUAUCCGUGCGCCUCGUCCGAUAGAGACUGAGUCCGAUGACAAUAGCGGCGCUGUAUCUACAAUCAUGGAUGAUUUGAUGAGCCGGCUGUCCCUGAAAGAUGGAUCGGACAAUGGCGAAGAAAGCUCGCAAGCCGCGUCCUCCCACCAACCGACGACCCGCCGCAUCAGAUGUGUUUCGUGCUUUGAAAGAUGUGAUGCUAUGCUCUCAAUGGGGAAAUGUGGUCAUGAGUUCUGCCUUGAAUGCACUAGACAAAUGUUCCUUGGUGCAAUUCGGGACGAGGGACUGUACCCUCCCCGCUGUUGUGGAAAUGUCAUACCCCCUGGGGUUGCUAUGAGGGUUUUGAACUAUGUGGAGCUCCACGAAUUUAGCCAACGGGCUCUCGAAUGGACCGCGGAGACUCGUGUCUACUGUGGUGAUUCAACUUGCUCGAAAUUUAUCCCUGCCCAUGCUAUUAAGGACCAGCAUGGUACUUGCCCUCGAUGUGGUCAGCAGACGCAUCUAACUUGCCAAUCUCUUGCACACCCUGGGAUAGAUUGUCCAUUGGAUGAGAAUCUUCCUCUUGUCUUGGAAACAGCAGAAGCGCAAGGCUGGAAGCGAUGUCCACAUUGUCGGACUAUGGUGGAGCUUGUUCGAGGCUGCAACCAUAUGAUUUGCCGUUGCGGCAGAGAGUUCUGCUACAUCUGUACCGCGGUCUGGAAGACAUGUGUGUGUGAAUAUUGGCACGAGAGACGGCUAAUGGAUGAGGCGAAUCAGGUCGUUCAAGAGGAGGUACCACGGAAUGGUGAUCAGGAUGCCCUAGAUCGUGCCUUGGAGCGGGCUGUUCACAACCUGGUUCGCCACAUUGAUGUUGGCUGCGAGCACCACAGAGGUUCCCAAUGGGUCUGGCGGAAUCGGGGAAGUCUGCAGUGUGAUAUCUGCUCCUCUCACUUACCCGAGUACAUCUUCAUGUGCAGCAACUGCCGUAUGAGGGCUUGUUGGCGUUGUCGAAGACACAGAUUGCGAUAG